AAAAAAAUAUAGGCUAAAAUUGAACAUGGCACCUCAAACUUCCAAAUCCAAGGCCUAUAUUGUUGUUUUGCUAGCCUCCCUAAUCCUCCCCUUGGUUCUCCCAGAAUGUUAUUCUUCUGUGGUGGUUGCAAGUGCAGCAACCAAACCAAAAUUCUCAGAUGUUGAUCUGUUGGAAUUUCCUCUAAAUUUAGAAUACUUGGAGGCUGAAUUCUUCUUGUUUGGGACUUUGGGACAUGGAUUGGAUGUGGUUGCUCCAAACCUCACUGGGGGAGGACCCCCUCCCAUUGGUGCCAAAUUGGUUCAACUUGAUAGCCUUGCCAAAGAUUUCCUCUUGCAAUUUGCUUUUCAAGAAGUUGGACACUUGAGGGCCAUAAAGAGUAAAGUGAAAGAGUUCCCUAGGCCAUUGCUGGAUCUUAGGGCGUCAUCUAUUGCCAAACUAAUGGAUAGAGCGUUUGGGCGAACUCUAAACCCUCCCUUUGAUCCAUAUGCUAAUUCCAUCAACUUUAUUCUUGCAGCUUAUGUGAUUCCCUAUGUUGGCCUCACUGGUUAUGUUGGUGCCAAUCCACUACUGCAAAAGCCUUCUUCCAGGAAGCUUGUUGCGGGGCUUCUUGGAGUAGAGUCCGGGCAAGACGCGGUUAUUCGAGCAUUGCUGUAUGAACGUGAAGCGCAAUUGGUGCAACCGUAUGGAGUGACGGUGGCAGAGUUCACAAAUCGCAUUUCAAGGCUCAGGAACAAGCUGGGAAAGGCAGGUGUGAAAGAUGAGGGUAUCACGGUGCCUAGGGCAGAAGGUGCUGAGGGAAGAGUCAUGGGCAACAUUCUCGUAGGUGACAAAAAUUCACUGUCAUAUGCGAGGACUCCCAAAGAAAUACUUAGGAUAGUCUAUGGAUCUGGUGAUGAACAUGUUCCUGGUGGCUUCUUCCCUAAAGGAGGAAAUGGUCGCAUAGCUAAAUCUUACUUAAAGUAAAUUAGUUGUGCCUAAAGCUAUGUAUCAAGAAUAUUAGAGAGCAUUCGUUUUGUAAAUUACAUGUCUCUCGAAACUGUUGUGCAUCUAUGUCUUCUCUACGUGCGACAGUAAAUUAUUUGUUAUAAUAAGAUUAAUGCUUGCUACUUCUUGAUAUAAUAUAAU